AUGUAUCGGCCUUAUCGACCAACACUUCAUCCACUAUCACCGUUUGUAGCUCUCUUACCCCAUCCUCAAGGAAACCAAAAUCAAUUAUCAUUCUCAAUGCCUCAUCUUUACAACCUUAUCGCAUCUCCGCCACCACCAUCUGCAACCAUUCACCAGUCACCAUUUAAUUCCUCAUCAAUCUAUUUUACAAGAAAAAUAUGUUUGUUUUUUGUUGAAGGUUUUGAAGUACUAAUAGAGCUUCAACAUCUAUUGAAAGAGGCAACUGAUAGGCCUCUAAAAGAAAGCUUGAUUGUUGAUGCCAACAACCAAUUUUUUACAAUCAUUCCUUCUGUUCAUCCACAUGUAAUCAAGGAUGAGGAUGACUUCAAAUUAAAGGUCAAAAUGUUGGAAGCACUUCAGGAUAUUAAAAUAUCUUCAAGGCUAGUAGGGUUUCAUGUGGACAAUGAUGGGUCACUUGUUGAUAAAUAUAAAAAGCUUCAAUGUGAAAUGAUCCUACUUCCUCAUGAUAGUGAAGAUUAUUAG